ACAGCAGAGAUCCCAGAAGUCUAUGCAGUUUUGACUGCAUAGACUGUCAGUGGAAACAGAUCGGACCCGGAUUGCAACGUCGGUAGACUAUCGGAUCUCGCGUGGUGGAUGGAUGUGCUCCAGGAGUCUCGUCGGAUCUCGCGUGGUGGAUGUAAUGCACGGGCAGUUAUAGAGUGUGUUGCUAUGGAUUUAAUGGCCCAAGGGAUCUACUGAUGUUGUUCCAGGAUGCGGGUGGAAUUUGAUAGCCAUGGAGAUGUAUUAUAUUUAAUACAGACUGUGCGAAGUGGAUCAAGUCAAGAAUACUGAGAAAGGUGGAGUUGAAAGACAGGACAGCAUCGUCAAGGCUUGGGUAAAUUAGCCAAGACUGUCUUCAGGACUAAGUCUUUAUCUUGGCUUGACGUGAAUUCAACUAUAAUUGACCUAGGAGAAGGUGGAUUGCUUUUUAUUGAAGCAUUUGAAAGAGAUCUGUGUGUUCUGUUGAUGCCAAAUGAGAGCUUCAAUAGAAGAUGUACCCUAGACUAUGGCAGACCUUCAUGAGAUUGCGCUAUCAGCUGUUCCAGGUGCGUAGUUGCAUGUGCCUUACAAAGUGUAGUGAUGUGGCUGUCAUCCAGAACUGCUUAUCAAAGGAGAAUGAGCUCCGGUGUAGGCAGCAGCUUCAGAGACAUUCAGCAGCAUAUGCCAGCAAGAAACCUGCCGCGGCAAUACUGGUAUCGUUGUGCACUGCAAAGGGAGAGCCUGCCUUUCUUUUCACAUUGCGCUCCAGUAAAUUGAAGGGAAAACACAAAGGAGAUGUCAGCUUUCCUGGAGGAAAGGUUGAUCCAUCAGAUGACAGCAUUGUUCACACAGCUGUAAGAGAAGCCCAGGAAGAACUUGGGAUCUCAGUAACUGAAGAAAACAUCUGGGGAGUCAUGAGGCCACUGUUUGAUGGGUCAGGCAUGAUGAUUGCACCUGUCUUGGCUAACCUUGGAUCAGUGGAGUCCCUGAAAAUUUGUGCAAAUAAAGAAGAGGUUGAGGAAAUAUUCAUCAUUCCUAUCCACCAUGCUUGUGCAGUACAAAACCGAGGAUAUACACAUUUUCGGCUCCGUGGACAGUAUUACUACACCCUGCCUGUCUUUUUGAAUGCCCAAUACAAAGUUUGGGGUCUCACUGCUGUGGCUAGUGACACAACUCUCGCUUUACUUCUUCCUGGAAUAUACAUCAGUAUGAUGCACAUAGUUCAUCAGCAUUAGCUCGACCCAUUGCAAACAAAACUGACUUUUCAUAUGAGUUUUUCAAGUAUAACUUUCGAAAGAACGAACACCUGCUGUGUUCCAUAAGUGACUGAUUUUGCUGAGAGAUGAUUAAAUUGUUUUAGGCUCA